AUGCCUCUCUCUGGUACACCUGCACCCAACAAACGGAAAAAGUCUUCCAAGAUCAUCACUGACCUAUCCCACAUUACUCAGGAUGAGUAUGAGUCCGAGCCGGAGGCGUCAGAGUUUGACUUGGGGACAAAGAUCCAGGUACCUAAGGACAUCAUGCUGGAGGAACUGUCUCUGUUGAAGAACAAAGGCUCCCAGAUGUUUAAGAUGAGGCAGCUGCGUGUGGAGAAGUUUAUCUAUGAGAACAACCCAGACGUCUUCACCAGCGACUCUGUGGACAACCUCCAGAAGUUCGUGCCUAGCCUGGGGGGUCAGAUGAUGGAUGUCGGUGGGCACCUGGUUAGUGGACAGAUGGUGGGCCGGAUCAGUGGGAGCGGGCACGCGCCUGUGCCCCCUCCAAAACCUGAAGGCUUCGGGAAGGGGGCAGGAGGCGCUCUGACAGCAGGCGGGCUGGCUGGCGGUGCCAGUGGUGCUGGUGGGGCAGGUGAUCAUGGCGGCACACAUGGGACAUCUGGAAUUGCUUUGCAUGGCCAUGGCCAUGGUGAGGGAGGAGCAGGGACUGGUGCAGACCUGGCCAAAAAAAAGAGUGCCUACGUGAAGACGUACAUGUCACCAUGGGAACGAGCCAUGAAGGGUGACGAGGCGCUCACGGCUACCAUGAAGCCGCAUAUGCCGGGGCCUUGCACUUACCAGGAGCUGCCCAAGUACAAAUCCUUCAACAGGAGUGCCAUGCCCUUUGGGGGCUUUGAGAAGGCUGCUCAGCUCAUGACCUUCCAGCUGCCAGACAUUGAGGUAGCCACGGAGGAACCUGAGCCUGCUGUGGUGUAUCAGCAUGACAUAAGCUCCCGGCCCUCUUUCAACCGCACUCCCAUUGGCUGGGUGUGCAGUGGCGAAGGGGGCAACAUCCAUAUAGAGCUGGACACCAUACCUUUUGACGGGGAGACUGACGACCUUUAG